CAUAAAAAAUUCAGUUCAACUCCCAUGGCUAGAGUACAAGCCAAGUACAGAGCACCAAGGGCCAAGUUCUGCAGGCGGCAAGAUCGAAGCUAAAACCUGAGUUUCAGUUUGGAGAGAAAUAGAGAGAGACGCGAUGGCGAAAGAGAGAGAACUGCUCGUUUACUGUGCUAGAUUGGCAGAGCAGGCCGAGAGAUAUGAAGAGAUGGUUGAGGAAAUGAAGAAAAUUGUGAAGUUAAACGUGGAAUUGACAGUGGAAGAGAGAAAUCUGCUUUCUGUUGGCUAUAGGAAUGUAAUAGGAGCUAGACGAGCUUCAUGGCGCAUUUUGUCUUCAAUUGAACAGAAGGAGAUAACCAAACAUAAUGAGAAGGAUGUGGAACGGAUAAUUGAGUAUAGGCAUCGGGUAGAAGAUGAGCUCUCUAAAAUAUGCAGUGACACAUUGUCAAAUAUUGACCAGCAUCUCCUUCCAAGUUCAUCAGCUGGAGAAUCUAUUGUAUUCUACCAUAAGAUGAAAGGAGAUUAUUUUCGGUAUUUGGCCGAGUUUAAAUCUGGCGAUGAGCGUAAACAAGUUGCAGAACAGUCAUUAAAGGCUUAUGAGGCUGCUUCGACUAUUGCUAACUCUGAUUUGCCUCCAACUCAUCCUAUAAGACUUGGCCUGGCUCUGAACUUCUCUGUUUUCUACUAUGAGAUUUUGAAUUCCCCUGAAAGGGCUUGCCACCUUGCCCAGAUCGCCUUUGAUGAGGCCAUUGCAGAACUUGGCAGUCUCAAUGAAGAUUCCUACAAGGACAGUUCCCUCAUUUUGCAGCUUCUCAGGGACAAUCUAACCCUGUGGACUUCCAAUUUGCCAGACGAAGGAGAGCAAUCCAAUGCCGAUGAACUCUUGAAAGAGGUAAGUUAAUCACUGUUUCAAUUCUGUUAAUAUAAGAAAAUCCCUGCAAUGUUUGUGCACCUUAGGUAUUUUGCAUUCGAUCAAUACUUAACACAUGGACCAGGACCAACCAAUCAAUCACUAACAACCAUUCCUUUAAAAAGAAAACCACUAACAAACAUUCUGAUUGCAGAGUUAAGCAACAUGCAACUUUGUUCCUGUGGUUGAAGUAUUGAACAACGGUACAUGCAGUAGUUAUUAACUAUUAUUAUUGGGGCAUACUGAUAGAACAAUAGGGUUCACUGACAAUUAUUAGCUCUGUAUUCUUUAUAUGUUUCAAACACAACACAUGUGAAUCUUUUUAAGAAUGUGUUCUUGUUUGUUCUUUA